AAACUGCAACUAACAAAACGUAUGAUUGAAAGAAGCAGCGCAAAAGCAGUUGUUCGAUACUGUUAAUUCAUUCCUUUCCGAGUAACAGCUCGCUUCUCCUCAAUCAAGCUUAGCAUCUCCUUUCUCCUCACUUUUCCAAUCGAAUCAAGUUGUGAAGAAAAAGAAAGAUAAAAAAAGCAAUCUCUAGAAUGGCAUAUGUCGACCACGCGUUCUCGAUUUCCGACGAGGACAUCAUGAUGGAAUCCUCAUACAGUUUCAAUAACAAGCCUCCCAUCAAGGAGAUCGCCCUCGCCCUGUCCCUCCUCAUCUUCGGCUUGCUCGGAAUCGUCCUAGGCUCCCUCAUGGCCGUCAAUGAAGUCGGCGGCGACCGCGCUCACGGGACUUUAUUCGCCAUACUAGGUGGAAUUUUAUUCCUUCCUGGAUUCUACUAUACACGGAUUGCAUACUAUGCGUACAAAGGUUAUAAAGGUUUCUCCUUUGCUAAUAUACCUCCUGUCUAGCUAUGUUUUGCCACUCCAUAACAAUGUACAGAUAUACCUCUCUGUUCUUCGUUGCUUCGCUGUUCUCUUCUGUAUCCAUUGUGUUUGUGUUUCUGUAAAUCGUGACAGUUUACAUGUACAAAUAAUCUAAUUUUUGCGUCUCGAUAGUUAA